UAAAUCCAUAGGUCAUUUUGUAGCGCUGUGUUUUUGCAUGGUGCUUUCCAUUUUGUAGCAAAAGAGGUUGCGCAAGCCGCUCUGUACUACAAAAUGUAUUGUCCAAGGCCACCUGGUAACUUGCAAAGAAGAUAUAAUUGUAUAUAAUUGUUAUCUUUGAAGCACGGCCAGUGUGGUUCGUUCUUCAACAGAGAUAUUGCUGCUUUCAUGUCGAAGUCUUGGCUGAGCGAGUCCAGCUUUUCAGGACUCUUCGGAUCGGGCACACAUGGACCCACUGAUGGAAGAGCAGUCAUCCGAUCCGUCCGAAACGAGGAGUGCCCGUCGCUUGGCGGGGGGGCGUCGUGAAGAAGACGGUCUUUCCCAUCGAGGUCUUGGCUGGUGGAAAUCGCCAGGGCGCCGAUCUGCGGCAGCUCUGGCAGCCCUAUGGCGUAGCGAGGGAUACUUCGACGGGGGAGACCUAUGUCGCUGACAUGAUGAACCAUCGUGUCCAGCGCUGGACAGACGGCGGCUCGCCCGAGACCGUGUUCGGAGGCACCUUCGGCGGAGGUUUGGACCAACUGAAAUACCCGCGUGGACUGGCGCUGCUCUCAGGGAGUCUCUACAUUGCGGACAGUGGGAACCACCGUGUGCUUCGUUGGGAUGUGUCGGGAGGAAGCAGCGCUGUGGUGGUAGCUGGAGAAUGGGGUGUCCUUUAUGACCGGCAGAACCAAGUCCGUGCGAAUGAUGCCAGCUGUUGUCGCGGCGGCUCAGGCGUGAACCAGCUCCGUGAUCCUCACGGCGUCUUUGUGGAUGGCUCCGGCGACAUCUAUGUGGCGGAGCAGCGGAUUUCGGGCUACUGGGAACGAUCGUGUGCAGAAAGUCAGCAGUGGUGUGGCAACCACCUUUGCAGGAAAUGGAAUGGCAAGCCCUGGUACCAAUGCGCUGUUGACGAAGCCUGAGGGGGUCUUCGCAAGCUCCAGCGAUGUGUACGUGAGCGACACGGGGCAACAUCGUGUGGUGAAGUAUGCUUUGGCAGGUGGCGACGGCACGGUGGUGGCGGGUGGCAACGGCGUGGGUGGCGCUUUGGACCAACUCUCGAGUCCCAGCGGACUCUUCGUCGAUGAGAAUGCCGAGGAGCUGGGUGUGCCCAUUAUCAACGUCUAUGUGGUGGACACCGACAACCACAGGGUGAUGCGAGUCAGAGAUGAUACUCAAGCAGCAACCUUGGUCGCUGGCGGUUGCUUGGAGAAUCCGGACUACAUCGUUCCUUGUAUCCAGGGAGGGUUGCAUGAUCCUUUACGCCCCUGGCCGGACAAUGAUGCCGAAUUGAAUCCUUCCAGUGACAACCCACCCGUGUAUCACUUCUUUGGUCCUUCAGGACUUCAUGUCUACCUGGGAACCACCGUGAAUAUCACUGUUGCAGACACAUUGAACCACCGUGUCUUGAUGUGGUUCAGCUGAUGAGCUUGACCACAAAACCGCUGAGUCGCCGGCGACGCCUGGGCAGCGAUUGAUUACAGAUGGCACACCGGCUGGUACAUCCCGCAAAUCGUCCACGAGAUUUAUAUACUUGAGGCGGUUUCAUCCCUCAGAUCACUUACAAAGCAGACCGGCGCUGUUCCGAUUCUGCGACAUGGACCAGCCAGUGGUGAAAGCCUUUGCAGAGUAGGUUUGGUUCCUUGCCUUUUUGGCUCCCCUGCUCCAGGACCAUUGCAGCUCCAGAUCUUCAACAAUUAGGGCUACCUUUGCGGUUGCACGCGAGCUUCUGUCACUGGCAGGGGCGAAAGGUGGAGCUGGUGAUGCGCCGCCCCC